AUGUUCUUCCACGUGGUGCUGGAGAAGAAGCUCCAGCUGCACCCGCGGCACUUCGGGCCGCACCUUCGCGAGAAGCUCGUCUCGAAACUGGUGGCUGAGGUGGAAGGCACGUGCACGGGUCGGCAUGGGUUUGUGGUGGCGGUGACAACAGUGGAGAGUGUGGGCACGGGGAUAGUGCGCGACGACACGGGCUACGUGACCUUCCCCGUGCGCUACCAGUGUGUCGUGUUCCGGCCGUUCAAAGGGGAGAUUCUCGAAGGGGUGGUCACCACCGUCAAUAAGAUGGGCUUCUUUGCCGAAGCAGGCCCCGUGCAGAUAUUCGUGUCCAACCAUCUCAUUCCUGACGACAUGUCCUUCACACCGGGCGACAUCAACAGCUACCAGACAGAAGACGGCACGGUGAAAAUCCAGGCGGACAGUGAGGUGCGGCUGAAGAUAGUGGGCACGCGGGUGGACGCCACAGAAAUUUUCUGCAUUGGGACCAUCAAGGAUGAUUACCUUGGACUUGUCUCCGAAGGGGGCGCCCCAAUUUAG